UAUUAUUAAUUUUUUUUAUUCACUCGCGGACCGCGGUCCUCGGAAACAACAUUGAACAUAGUUGACUUGAUAGUUUACGACUUUACACACUAAUACACACUGUAGGCCUGUUUUACCAGUUGUGGAUACUGGAUAGCACUAUGUGACGGAAGACGAUAUUGAAGAGAUAAAAGUUUUUGAUGUGUUAUGAAUUUUCACCACCGAAUAUCACUAUAUUUAUAGGAUAUUUCUGUUCGCAAAAAUGAACCUAAGGCUUGUAGUUAAUUAAUUGAGGUUAAACAGACAGUUGAGCAUCUAAAUAGAUAUUCACAAAAAUGGAAACAGAAAACCUAAUUGUAACAACGAAAGAUAACAUCAAAAUUGUACGACUUAACAAACCUAAAAAGAAAAAUGCUAUCGAUUACAACAUGUAUGUUCGAAUGGCUGAAAUAUUGAAAGAUGCCGCAAUAGACGAAGAUAUUUCAAUUGUCGUGUUGACGGGAACUGGUGAUUUCUACUGCAGCGGCAACGAUCUCUCGGCAAACGAUGUUCCAAUGAAAACUUUAUUCGCAGCUGUUGUAGAAUUUGUAAAAACGCUUAUAACUUUUCCGAAGCUCUUGAUUGCACUUGUAAAUGGGCCCGCUAUAGGGAUAGCUGUGACCACUCUAGCAUUAUGCGACUUUGUUUUUACUUCGGAAAAUGCAUAUUUCUGCACUCCGUUUUCAAAGUUAAAUAUAGUAGCUGAAGGCGCCUCCUCGAUAACAUUUCCAAAGUUAUUGGGGGAGAGGACGGCACUGAAAAUGCUAAUAAUGGACUACAAAAUGCCCGCUAAAGAAGCUCUAGAAUGCGGAUUGAUUAGUUUUCUCUACAAAGAUGAAGAAUUUCAUGAGAAAGCUUGGGAUUGUAUAUCUGAAAUUUCAAAACUACCAAUGGAUUCAGUACUGGGUACAAAAAAGUUGAUCAGAAGAGUGGACAUGGAGGCAUUAUUAAGAGCUACCGAAUUAGAAAUUAAUGAAAUUGAAAAAAUAUCGUUAAGUCGUAGCAAACUGUAACUUUAACGUUAAUUAUGUUGUAUUGUUAUGUCUCUAUUUAGUUUAAACCCAAGUUAAGAUUAAUAUUUUAUAAAAAAUGGCUUGGACUUAAUGUAAAAAGAAUGCCAAAUUACGAGAAUUUUUUUACUACGAAUACGCCUGAAAAAAGAAAUUAAUUUUUUUAAAAAUGAAAUUGUAAAAAUAACUUGAAGACGAUAUAAAAGUUUUUACUCAAUCUUUAAUUAGUAUUCAUUUAUUAAAGGGAAUUUAGUCACGACGUUAUAUGAGUUAAUGUUUUUACCAUUCACUUUUUUAACCUCUAGUUCUAGUCACAUAUUACAAUUAUUACAAAAAUCAUCGCCUUAAUCCCAUUAUCAGUAAUUAACUACUUAUCAGUAAAUAAAAGUUAUGAUCACGAUGUAUGAUAUUCCUGUAUAUAGAUUAAUGCCAUUGCCUUUGAAAAAAAAUACUUUUUCUGUCUCGUUUUGGCCACAUUGUGUUAUGUGAAUCUUCUAUUUUGUUACAUUUUAAAGAGGUAAUUAAUUUGCUAUGCUAUUUAAUAUAAAAUUAUUUUGUGAAAGUUGUAAGAAUCAGAAAAUCAUUAUAAUCGACACACGUCAUAUUUGGUACAGCCUUCAUUAUAUAAAUUAAUUCUUCGUAUGUAAUGGUAAUAUUACUAAUUCAACUUUAAGUUUAUCAAAGGAUGUGUUUUGUUGAUAAAAGACUAAGUAGUUCUCUAUUAUCAUUUUGGCGUUUUGAUCCAUCAGUACAUAAACCAUAAUAAUUCGGAAAGUUUUAUUGUAUUAAUACAUUACACGUUCUUUACUGUAUGUCCAGCAGUGGACUGCAAAAGGUUGAUCUGACUCACUGAUUGACGUUCUUUACUUUCCAGUUUAUAGUCCGUGAUUAAUUGAAAUUGCUCAUCAACAUUUUAGAUUUAACAGAUACCCAAAUAAUUAUAACACCAUGCAGAAUUUAGUUUUAGUUGUUACCAAUAAAUAUUUUAGAAAAUA